AUGGUUUGCACUGCUAAUGAUUUAUCAGCAUGGAAAGAUUUCCCAAAAGGCCUCAGGGUCCUUCUUCUUGAUGAGGACAGCACUUCGGCUGCCGAGAUUAAGUCAAAACUAGAAGCUAUGGACUAUAUUGUUUUUACUUUCUGCAAUGAGAAAGAAGCUCUGUCUGCAAUUUCAAGCAAACAAGAAAGCUUCCAUGUUGCCAUUGUGGAGGUGAGUACAAGCAAUAGCGAUGGGAGUUUCAAGUUUCUUGAAGCUGCCAAGGACUUGCCAACCAUUAUGACGUCAAACAUUCAUUGUCUAGGCACCAUGAUGAAGUGCAUAGCGCUUGGUGCAGUUGAAUUUCUUGGGAAACCUCUCUCCGAUGACAAACUAAAGAACAUAUGGCAGCAUGUCGUUCAUAAGGCGUUCAAUGCAAAGGGGAGUGUCAUCUCAGAAUCGCUAAAACCUGUCAAGCAGCCGGUGGUCUCUAUGAUGCAGCUUCAACUGGAGAAUGGAGAAGCCAAUGAAGAUAGGUCAGAAAAAACAGUAGAUGUGUCUCUGGAAAAUGAAAAUGAGCUAGAGCAGUCAGCUGAGAGCUUUAAGUAUCCAGCUCCAUUAACCCCACAAUUAAAACAAGGAGGAAGAUUUGUGGAUGAUGAGGAUUGCCAAGAUCAAACUAAUAGCUUAAUGAGAAAGGAGAACGGGGAGCAAGAUGGGGAAAUUAAAUCUGUCGAAACUACUUGUGGAAAUUCAGUGGUUGAAGAGACUCUAAUUGUGAGCGAACCACAGAGUUCAGGAGAGAUUGUGAUCAAAGAGGAGACUGACUUGGCUGAUGGUGCUAACAAUGAGGGUAAUCUGUGCCCAGACCUGCAAAAUAAAGACAAUCUUGACAUUUCUAAUGGAGGGACUGAAAGCUCUAGUAAAGCUACCCAUAGUGUCUCUGGGAUUAAGGCUAGCCGAAAGAAGAUGAAGGUAGACUGGACGCCAGAACUGCAUAGAAAGUUUGUCGAAGCAGUGGAGCAGCUAGGUAUAGAUCAAGCGAUACCCUCUCGAAUUCUAGAGCUGAUGAAAGUGGAAGGCUUGACAAGACAUAAUGUAGCAAGUCAUCUCCAGAAAUAUCGAAUACAAAGGAAGCACAUCUUGCCGAAGGACGACGACCGGAGAUGGCCACAUCAAAAAGAUCAAAUGCAAAGAAAUUACCGUUUCUAUAAACCUAUCAUGGCUUUCCCAACAUACCAUUCUAAUCCUGCUCUUCCGGCUGGUCCAGUUUUCCACGUGUGGGGAGCUCCUAAUACUCACCCGGCACCUGUUCCAAUGUGGGGUGGCUAUCCCCCGUGGCCACCGACAGAUAGUUGGCAGUGGGAGGCUUAUCCUGGGUUGCAUGCUGACGCUUGGGGUUGCCCUGUGAUGCCACCAACUCAUACCCAUUCUCCUUCCUUGCCUCAUCAGAAUACAUCUGGUUUUUACAAUGCUGGUGCUGUCAAUGGCUAUGGCAUGCCUCAAAAUUCUUUCGAACAUCACCCGGCCGAGGAAAUAGUUGACGAGGCUGUGAAAGAGGCAAUAAGCAAGCCAUGGCUACCCCUGCCUUUAGGCCUAAAGCCUCCUUCCACUGAGUGUGUCCUGGCUGAGCUUUCCAGGCAAGGCAUCUCCUCCAUCCCUCCCAACAUCAACAGCUCUAAUUCUUGCUGAUGUGGCAUCACGACCUCCGGCCCCACUGAGUGACUCUGCUAAUGACCCAAAGUAGAGGCACUUUCCUGCAACCAAGGCUCAUUACCUGUCACCACCAACUUUUUUUUUUUCCCAAUCGUUCCUGAUUGGUUGAAAUUGCCUAUCUUUUGAUAUACCCUUGAAGGUUCUCACCAACCACAACCAGCACAAAAUGGCCAUUACAGGAACGGCUAUAGAAUCGGCCACGUAGUCGCAUUGUCCACCCCAUAUGAACUCUGUGGUUGUAAAUAGACCACACAGAGUUGAGAUCGUUGAAUGCGGGUUUCUGGGUGUUGGAUAAUUCUUCUUCUUGUCUUGAUUAAGGAGGAGGUCGUAGUGGGACCAUUGGUGGUGAUGGGGCUAGACUACCAUGGUGCAUUGGUGCAUGCUGCAGCUGCUCUGUGAAUAAAGUUGAAACUAGCUAGUCUUGGUGGAUAAUGACUUGAUCUCUAUCUAUAAAUAAAUUUAAUGAAAUUGAUUCAGCAAGAUCAUGAUUCAUGACUCAUGAAUGAGUAGUCUACUUCAUUGUUGUGAAAUAAUAGACUGAGAAAGGUGUAUUUUUCUGGAUCCAAAUUAAAGCUUUUAAAUU